GAGUGCCCGGUAUUUGUUGCGAUCCGCGCGCGGUCACACUGUGCUUGCAAAAUAAACUUAUUUCCAGUCGCAGGCCCCCAAGUUUCUGUUGCUCCAACUGCACAUAGAAUUCGGAAUUUCGUUCAGUCCGGAGCCCUGUUCAAGUUUUUUAGUGCCGAGGGCCCAACUCUAAAAUAAACCCAGUUAAAACUUGACGCUUACAUACAGUUGGAACGGCCACCACGGAAACAACAACAACACAAAGUGACGCGAGAGAAACGGAACUAGUGCGGGGAAAGGAGAGAGCGAGCCAGAGAGCCCAGUUUGUUUUUGUUGCUGUGGUGUGAGUGAGUCAUGACGUUUCGGACGGCGUAGAAAAAGACAGUUAACAAUCGUCAUUGCAUAAAGAAAACACUCGCUUUCGCGUUCCAGGACUUGAAGCAGGAUCAGCCCGCCACCCGCAGGACUUGCAACAGCUGCGCUCAGUCCGAACACGCACUGUGUGACAUCCUCGCACUGGAACAGUGGCAUUGAGUGUCACACCACACACACCGACCUUAACACAAGCACACAAACGCAGCGCACGCAUACAGCCGCCCAGUUUGUCGUCACAGUUGGUUACCUUUCGAUUCGGAUUCGGAUUGAGACUCGGAUUCCGACUGUGUGAACAGCAACUUUCGCCAAACCCACUAGCGAACCCAAAAACAAACCCAUACCCAUAAUGGUGGACCGCCUUGUCAACUCUGAAGCCAACACCCGACGCAUCGCCUCCGUAGAAAACUGCUUCGGCAGCUCGGGCGUGCCGCUAGCUAUGCAGGGCCGCGUUCUCGUGGGCGAGGGCGUCCUAACCAAGAUGUGCCGAAAGCGACCCAAGUCGCGCCAGUUCUUCCUGUUCAAUGACAUCUUGGUGUACGGCAACAUCGUAAUUGGCAAAAAGAAGUACAACAAGCAGCACAUUAUGCCGCUGGAGGAGGUUUCGCUGGAGUCGAUCGCCGACAAUCAGGCGUACAGGAACGGCUGGUACAUCCGCACCACUACCAAGUCCUUUGUUGUGUUCGCGGCCACCAGCACCGAAAAGCAGGAGUGGAUGGCCCACAUCAACAAGUGUGUGGAGGAUCUGCUGCGCAAAAGCGGCAAGAAGCCGGUCGAGAACCACGCCGCCGUCUGGGUACCGGACACUGACGCCAGCGUCUGCAUGCACUGCAAGAAGACGCAGUUUACCUUUAUCCAGCGGCGCCACCACUGCCGUAACUGCGGUGCCGUCGUCUGUGCCGGAUGCUCGACCAAGAAGUUCCUGCUGCCGCAGCAGAGCACCAAGGCGCUACGCGUUUGUGAUGCCUGCUACGAGCGCUUGAAGCAAGUGCCCAGCUCUCAUGCAGCUGGCGAAAAUUCGUCCGCCGCUGCCACCUCUACCGGCAACAAGCUUAACACAACGACCGGUGACAGCUCGAACGAUGAAGACUCCGACGAAGAGACAGUUUCCCCGGGUGGCGAGUCGCACGACGAACCGCGCUUCUACGGCGACAGUAGCGUGCUCUCCGCCGCCGACGACUCCUCCACGAUAACCUCCCCCUCCUCCGCCACCUCCGCACCGGCGGCCAGCAGCUUGGAGGUUCCUCAGGAGGCACCAACCGUCCAGAAUGCGCCGACUGCCGUCGCAACGACAGGCGGUAUUUGCUGAGCGGACCAAUUAGCAAAGGAUCAUGCACGACGAACAACGGAAGAGAUGCGAGCAGGAGGAGAUUAAGGAGAUACGCAAGAUGACGUUAUUCAAGGCGCGUCCGAAUCCAUUUAAAUAGUGCUUGAUGGAGCAGACGACUACCAAACAUUUGAUUACUUUGUCCAAAUUUGAAUGAUGUCAAGUCGCCGCUACACAAAUAUGAUUAUAUCAGUACAUAGUUUAACCUGAUUUAUACCAUUUUUGUCUAACAUUAUUUUUACGUGUUCGUUUACACACCUUUGUUUCCUAUUUUUGGCGGAUGAGAAACGAAACCACUAAAAUUGUACGUUUGGCGGGAGAAUUAAACUAUAUGUAUAUGAAUACAAUAUGAGCAAUUCGCAAUUGCGAUUAUUAACUGUUUUCUAUUUGUACAAAGUCGAAAAAAACAAUAAAUUAAUACUGUAAAUUGAAA